UGAUGAUUUACACGAAGUAUUUAUAUACAUAAUCCUAAUGCUUUACUAAUGUUAUUUUAGAACAAUAAUGGUUUUUAUAUAAUAAUGACAUGUAAAAUAUAAUAUUGGUAAUGUAUGAAAUUUUGACAAAAUGUCAGAAGUUAUUGUUUUAAGUGAUUCAAAUGAAUCUAAUUUAUCUAUUGAAUUAAAUGACGAGCUGAAUCAUGUUAAUGAGAAUAAGAAACAGAAAAUUUUAAUUGAUGAUACUGACUCAAAUGAUUUUGAAUUUCCUGCAGUACAGUUUUAUCAUACUGUCAAUGAGAACAGAACAUCUGCAUUAUGUGACAACAAUAGUAAAGAUUAUUUGAAUGAUUUUAAUUCUUGGACACCAUCGUAUCAAAGCAAUAACAAACUUCCUACUACUAGCAAAAGUACAAAGGAACAUAAUGUUAAAACACAUCGUAUAUCUGACUCACCAGAUGCCUCAGAAGAUUCAGAAAAUGAUAACAAUACAGGGAAGAAGAGAAACAGUAAAGCUACAACAAAAAAGAAUAAAAGGCAGAUCACAGAAAAAGGUGUGAAAAAGCAGAAACAAUUAAAAGAAACAGCAUUGAAAGCAAUUGCUUUAAAAAGAUCAAAGAAUAUUAAACCUGGUGAAUGCUUAAAAUUCAUAGAAGUUGUUAUUGAUAAAAAUAUUGAAAAGUAUGCUUUUAUUACAAAUAUUGUAAAUACAUUGCUUGAUGCUAAUAUAAAAUAUAGCAUUGAUACAGGAUUAACUCCAAAUGGGAUUUUAUGGAAAAGAAGUGUUGAAAAUAGCUAUGUUAAUGAAAACAAUGAAAUAUGUACAACAACAGAUAUUGAAACAGUUAACCAAAUAUUAAUAAUUUGGAAUUGGAAUGAAGUAGUAACAAAAGUAGCAGAUGAUAAUUUUUGUGAUUCGAUUGUUAACAUUAAAGCCUCUUUAGCAGAUUACAAAAUCAUAUUAGUAAUUUUUGGCAUAGAAAAUUAUUUUACAUAUAGAAAGCAAGGGAAAAAUUCAAGUAAAAAUAAAACAAAAAGGAAUAAUACAAGCAAUAAUGAUGAACUUAAGAACUCCCCAGAAAUAUCAAGACACAAGCUUGAAAUGUGCCUUGAUGAAGUACAAAUUAUUGCUAAUUGCAAUAGCAGAUUGAUUGAUAGUCCUCAAGAUUUAGCAUUGAUGAUUUAUCAAUGUACAAAAGCUGUAGCAGAAAUACCAUAUAAGUUAGAAAAAAGUUCAAAUUUAAGAAACAAAUUUGAUUGGUAUGUGAUGGGAGAUAAUAGAAAUACUGUACGCGUGGAUAAAGAUGGAAAUGGAUUAAAAAGAGUAUGGCAACAACAACUUUGUCAGUUUAAUUUAAGUAGUUUAGAAAUUGCAGAAGCAAUUUGUUCUGUAUAUCCAAGUCCUGCAGAUUUGAUAGAAGCCUAUAUGAAUUGCACAGAUGACAAUGGAUUGAAUUUGUUAAAAGAUAUUCCGAUUAGAAGAGCAGCUGGACCUCUUACAACAAUACGAAAGAUAGGCCCAGAAUUAAGUAAAAAAAUAUAUUUAAUGUUUACAUCUGAAGAUGGUGAAAAUAUUUUAUGUUAAAUAUAUUUGUAUUAGAAACUUCAGUAAACAAAUUAAUGAAUAUGAUAUAGUUAAUAAAUGUUGCUUUGCUAUUUCCAUUUCGUUCAAUGCAUUAUCUCACAAUGAAGCACAAAAAUCAUAAUAACCAAUUCACACAUUUUGUAGAUUUUUGCUUAUUUCACGAUUAUAAAAAAUCAAGAAAUUAUUUUCUUCAUAUCAUACAAAUAAACAAUGUUAAAAUAUAUAAAAGUUUCAAUCAUUUUUUGUGUAUUAAUUAUUUAACAAUUUAGCGCAUAAUUUGACUGAAUGAAAAUUAAAAAUAUCAAACAGAAUAUAUUCUACUGUUACAUACAUUUAUAUCAUGUUAAAUAAAGUAGUCUAAUUCUGCGCUAGAUAUUCCUGCACACGUUAUAUGAUAUGAAAUAUAACACUUUUACUAUACCAAAGGUAUAUACAAUACAUCUGUUUACAGCAAACUUGACUAUGAUAAUCGGUUAAUAAAAGUAAUUUUCUAAUACUUUUACAGAUGUUUAUUAAACAUAAAAUAUCUCAAAGUUUAUUAUAAAAGAAAGAAUGAGAUUUCAAUCAUUUUAUAGUAACUUUUCUCUACUAUCUUACAGUAAAAAAUACAUAAAUGAUUAAAUGCGGUUUAAAUGAAAUUUCUUGUGAAUAUUCAAUGUAACUUCUGCUAAAUUAUCAUUAUCUGUAUACAGACUAAUAUUACGUAAACCUCACGUGAAUUUUUUUACAUGCAUUCUUCAUACAUUUGCCUCCCAUUAUUUAAUAUUGCAAAUUGUUUUCAGUAAAAGGAAAAGUGUAAAUUAUUAACUAAAUCGAUUGCAACGGAUAAUUAAUCAUUUUAGAGUAAUACAAGCUCUGUGUCUUGAAUGUUAACGCACAAUUAAAUCUUACAUGUAUUGAUAGUU